AUGAACAGCUCCUUAAUCCUGUUGAGUUUUUUCAUCUCUCUGGUACUGAGCGAAUCUGUGGACCCGGAUGAAAGUCCACCAAUGAUACAUUCCCCAUCUGUGAUUAGGCCACAUCGCUUGCGAACGCACCAUCACAAGAGAGAAAUCGGUCAAAGCUGUGGCACAGAAAUAUGCCCUGAAAAUACGAUUUUUCUAUACUAUCGAUGCGACAGAACAGGGCGGGACAAAUGCCAUUGGUACCUACGGAUGUGGACAAUAGUGAUUUUUGGUGUGGUGCUUGUCAAGGCUGCAUUUGCAUGCUUUGUCUCAUUCUUUCGUUGUGUUUGCUGUUGACAUGCGGAAGAAAGCUACAACAUGAAGAACCACGGUAGCAGAAAAAAUGGAGUUGGGUGCGAGCCGCCGCACAU